UCCCAUGAUGGGUAAAAGCAAAGAGCUGUCUCAAGACCUUCGCAAGCUAAUUGUUGCAAAACACAAUGAUGGCAUUGGUUAUAGGCGCAUUUCUAAACUUCUGAAUGUUCCAGUGAGCACUGUUGGGGCCAUAAUACGGAAGUGCAAAGGCAAUCAUUUCACCAUAAAUUUGUUUCGACCAGGUGCUCCUCGCAAGAUUUCUGACAGAGGAGUGAAAAGAAUAAUCAGAAGAGUUGUCCAAGAGCCAAGGACCACUUGUGGAGAGCUUCAAAAAGACCUGCAAUUAUCAGGCAGACAGGAAUGGGCUUCGUCUCCACCUUGGCGAGAGUCGGCAGCAUGGCGGCCCCCGCUGUCCUCAUCCUGGACGAGGUACUCCCUGCUCUCCCCAGUAUAGUGUAUGGGGGAGCGGCUGUGUUGGCCGGGUGCUUUGCCUGCUUCCUGCCAGAGACGCUGAACAGGCCGCUGCCCGACACCAUUGAGGAUGUGGAGAUCAAAUGGGCUGGAGAAAGCCCCGCCCCCCAACAGGAAGAAGGUGUAUCCUUGAAAGAAGGCAGGGCACCUGAUGAUGGGGGUGUGGUCUCAACUGAAGGUGUGGCUUUAAAAGAUCUCAAGGAAGCAGAAGGGACUGGACUUAACAUCCUCUGACCAAUCAUAUGAAGCCAAUGACAGCUGGACUGAACCUCAACCAAUCAGACUGCUGAAUCAGUUUUUCUGUGCAUCUGUGAAAAUUCAUUUUAGUGAGAAUAAUGACAGUUUCUAACAUUUAAAUCUAUUUAAAAUGAGUUUUAAUCAAUAAACUCAGAUGUUUGACUAUAGAUUUUUAAUUAGAUGUGAAUGAAGCCACUGCAGUCAGAACAGGAAGUGAGAUCACGGCAGUAAUAUGUUAUAAUAUCUGAAACCUCUAUUCUGUCAAUCAAAGCAAUAAUCAUUACACACUGUAAUACACUAAUAAAGGUGUGAUUAAGA